AUGGCCAAGCUCUCCGACGACGGGGGUUUUGAUUCCUACAGUCGCGGUGCCCCCGGUGGCAAGCUCAAGAUGACCCUCGGUCUUCCCGUUGGUGCCGUCAUGAACUGCGCCGACAACUCUGGUGCCCGUAACCUUUACAUCAUCUCCGUCAAGGGUAUCGGUGCCCGCCUCAACAGACUGCCCGCCGGUGGUGUCGGUGACAUGGUCAUGGCCACCGUCAAGAAGGGAAAGCCCGAACUCCGCAAGAAGGUCCACCCCGCCGUCAUCGUUCGCCAGUCCAAGCCCUGGAAGCGUUUCGACGGUGUCUUCCUGUACUUCGAGGACAACGCCGGUGUCAUCGUCAACCCCAAGGGUGAGAUGAAGGGCUCCGCCAUUACCGGCCCCGUCGGUAAGGAGGCUGCUGAGCUCUGGCCCCGUAUUGCCAGCAACUCUGGUGUCGUCAUGUAA